GCACAUCAUCGGGUUGUGAGCGGAAUUGGAGUACGUGGGCUUUGAUCCAUACUAAACUUCGGAAUAGAUUAGCUAUUGAGAAACUGCAUAAGCUAGUCUAUGUCCACUACAACAUGCGUCUUCGGGUAAAAAAUUUUAUGCAAAGGACAGACACAGACGAUUUUUAUGACCCAAUUGAUUUGAAUCAUAUUUUUGAUGAAAAUGAUAUUUUAGAUGAAUGGGUUAGAGAAAAUGAAUCUCCACUUAUUCGUGAUAGUGAUUUGAAUUGGUUGGAUGAGGCUAUUGAAGAAAGUGGAGAUCGAGGUCAAAGUGAGCAUAAUGAUCAUGACAGUGAUAUGCUUUUAUCUCAAUUUAUAGCUGAUGGAAAAAAGAAGGCGAAAGAGAAAAAAUCAGAAAACAAAAAUACGGCCAAGAAAAAAAAAAGCAAUCAUAUUGGAAUCUUCAUCUUCAUCGACUAAUGGUGAAGAUAAGAAUAAUAACAAUGAUGAUGAUGAUGAUGAUGAUGAUGAUGAUGAUGAUGGUGGUGGUGGUGGUGGUGGUGGUGGUGGUGGUAGUGGGAGCUACAGGGAUAGCCGAUACUCAAGUGAUAUGGGAUGGGCUCAAGGAAAUGAAAAUUAUUAUGCUACCCAAGACACUGAUCAUGGAUAUCGUCCUGGUAUAGAAGCUCAAAGAGAUUUUCUAAAUAGUUUAACAGAAUUUUCAAGUGAAGCCGAUGCUUCAAAUUUUUCAGAUACUAGGAGAUAUUCUGGAGUUCACGAACAUAUGCAAGACUUGAAUAUAGGUUAUUCCUAUGGAGAUUCUUCUCAUAGCUCGAGUAAUAGAUUGGGGAGACAGGAGUGGGACCAACCAAAUGCAUAUCAUAAUCCCUAUUACUCAGGAUACGGUUUAUCUAAUCUACCCAGACAUCUUCAGGAUUCAGCCAAUCUUCCUAUAUUUGGAUCCAACCAACCAGUUGGAACAUAUUACGGAGGGAUUACAUCUGGUUCGGGUAGUAUUGAUGAUCGUAGACAAAAUUAUGGUUCAUCAAGCAGAAGCAAUGAUAAUAGAGAAUAUCGAGGUUUUGAUGUAUAUGGAAGGGGUUCAUUCAGAGAAAAUCAAUAUGGUUCGAACAUCUCUCCUUAUCCAAGCAAUAUGAAUCCAGAUGAAAAUGAUUUUGAACCUCCACGACAUUCCACAUGGUAUUGAAUGAUGAUAAAGAUGAAAUCUUGACAUUGACGGACACAAGGUACAUCAUUUUGUUAUUAAAAUAAAUUUAUUAGUAUAAUGACAAUAUGCAAAACAUAAAAUUUAGCAUUUACAUUUAUAUAUAUAUC